UGUACGUUAACGCGCCUGCGUGCAGCGCACUUUGUCUGUUUCUCAGGUGCGCUCCGCAGCCCGGAGGACACGCUGCAGCAGCAGCAGCAGGAUGACAUGGCAGAUGCUACAACAGAGAGCACAUUUAACAUGGAGGAUUUCUUCAAAACGGUGGGGGAGGUGAGAAGCCUCAUCGACAACAUCUCCUGCCAAGCAGAAAAGGUGAAGGGACUACAGGCCGCCAUCCUUUCCACUCCCAACCCAGACAAGAAAAAAAAAGACAAAGUGGAGCUGAUAAACAAGGAGAUCAAGGGAAACGCCAACUUGGUCCGAGCCCGGUUAAAAUCAAUGCAGGCCAACCUCGCUGUGGAUGAAGACAGUCACAGAGCCUCAGUAGUUCAGCGUAUUCAGAAGAACCAGCACUCCGACCUCACUCGGUGCUUUGCCGAAGUCCUCCGGGGCCACCACACGGCGCAAAUCUCCUUCCGAGAGAAAUGCAAAGCGCAGAUCCAGAGACAGCUGGAGAUUGUGGAUAAAGUGACAACGGAUGAAGAGAUGGAGGAGAUGCUGCACCGUGACAAUCUUUCCAUCUUCAUAUCUGAUAUGAACUCUGGCGCUCUGAUCUCGAGCCAGGCUCUGAGUGAGAUUGAAUCACGGCACCAGGACAUCAUCCGCCUCGAGUCCAGCAUCAAAGAGCUGCACGACAUAUUCGCCGACACCGCCUUGCUGUUGGAGACUCAGGGGGACUUGAUCAACAAUAUAGAGAAGAAUGUGACGAGUGCUGCAGAGUACGUCGACGCGUCCAAAGCACAAACCUGUGAAGCCAUCACGUACAAGAAGAAUCCGUACAAGAUAGCAUCUCUGCCGAGCUUCUUCAGGCCUUUCAAGAGGUAAACCUUUUCUGAAAGUGCUACCGAUCAAGACGCCUCGGAUGUAAGGCCUUGACUGAACUCCUAAA